AUCACAGCCAGGAACAUAGUUAUUUUUAUCGAUUCAUCGAUUCAUUUUAAGAUUAGCACAAUAAUUUCAUGUAAAAUAAUCAGUUAAAUUAUUUUGUGCUAAUUUUUAAAUGAAUCUAAUGUAAAAGUCUCUGUUUCGGAAUAAAACAUGGAAUAAAUAGACUAAGGGUUUUCUCCAGGCCGCCCGGUGGCGGACCGGUAUUUUUACUCUGCUUGGAAACUGACGUGGCUCUUUUCUAGUAUUGACAUUCUGCAGUAGGAACAAGAAACUCAACAAAAAUGGAGCUGGAGGCUAUGACCAGAUACACCAGUCCGGUGAACCCAGCAGUCUUCCCCCACCUCACGGUGGUCCUACUGGCUAUCGGCAUGUUCUUCACUGCCUGGUUCUUCGUCUAUGAGGUGACGUCCACUAAAUACACGAGAGACAUGUACAAAGAGCUGCUCAUCUCCCUGGUGGCGUCGCUCUUCAUGGGCUUCGGAGUGCUGUUUCUGUUACUGUGGGUCGGCAUCUAUGUCUGACAGAUUGUUAUAUUGCCAAAUGAUAACAGAAGAACAUUCCAGUGGAACAGAAGGAUGUAAUGAAGUGGACUCCACCACAGACACAGGAAGAUGGACUGCACUGACAAGAGGGUGGGGAUUGGGGUUGCCUUUCACUAAAUACGCUUAUGUCAUUUAGCAGACGCUCUUAUCCAGAGCGACUUACAAAUAAAGAGACAUUUGUACAAAACUG